UCCCGGUCUAGCGUUCUUUCCUCUCCUCGCCCCAUCCCCUCCCGCUCCGGGCUCGGUGCUACCUACGCCCGUCCCCACCAGCAGAGGGAGCGCGAGGGCUUCGAGGUGCCGGUCCACUUCUACACUCGGGAGUUGAAAAUUCCUCCCCCAGCUUGAAGUGGGGAGAGCUAAAGAGAGGGAAGAGGAAGAGGAAGAAGGGAGGGGGAGGGGAGGAGGAGUCGGGGGCGCGAGCUGGGGCCGGGACCGGAAGUGUGCGGUUGCCAUGUAAUAUCCUGAGAGCAAGCGCGAGCCAGCGGGAGAGCGAGCGAGCGGGCGGGCGGGCGCUGAGGCGGUGCCGAGGACAGGCAGAGGCGGUUGAGGCGGGGGCAGCGGCGGGCGGGCCCGACCGGUGUCAGCGUCAGGAGCUGUCUGUCUGCCAGUCUGUUUGUCUGUCGCUAGCUGGGUCGGGGCCGGCCGGGAGGUCUGGCUGCGGGAGGCAGCAUGUCGGUGGCCGGGCUCAAGAAGCAGUUCUAUAAGGCGAGCCAGCUGGUCAGUGAAAAGGUUGGAGGUGCUGAAGGGACCAAGCUUGACGAUGACUUCAAAGAAAUGGAGAAGAAAGUGGAUGUCACCAGCAAGGCUGUGGCAGAGGUAUUGGCCAGAACCAUCGAGUACCUUCAGCCCAACCCAGCCUCCCGGGCCAAGCUGACGAUGCUCAACACUGUGUCGAAGAUUAGAGGGCAGGUGAAGAAUCCUGGCUAUCCACAGUCGGAAGGGCUCUUGGGCGAGUGCAUGAUUCGUUAUGGAAAGGAGCUAGGAGAUGAGUCCAACUUUGGUGAUGCGCUUUUGGAUGCUGGUGAAUCAAUGAAGCGAUUAGCAGAAGUGAAAGAUUCUCUGGACAUAGAAGUCAAACAGAAUUUUGUUGACCCCCUCCAGAACCUCUGUGAUAAAGACCUAAAGGAGAUCCAGCAUCAUCUGAAAAAGCUGGAGGGCAGACGUCUGGAUUUCGACUAUAAGAAGAAGCGUCAGGGAAAAAUACCAGAUGAAGAACUUCGUCAAGCGAUGGAGAAAUUUGAAGAGUCCAAGGAAGUGGCAGAGACCAGCAUGCACAACCUCUUGGAGACUGAUAUUGAGCAGGUGAGCCAGCUCUCAGCCCUGGUAGAUGCCCAGCUGGAUUAUCACAGGCAAGCAGUACAGAUCCUAGACGAGCUGGCAGACAAGCUGAAGCGCAGGAUGCGAGAAGCCUCUUCCGUCCCAGCGGAAUACAAGCCAAAGCCUAGAGAUUCCUAUGACUUUGGAGAGCCGGAUCAGUCCAAUGGAGGUUUCCCUUGUGCCCCAGCCCCCAAGAUUACAGCUUCUUCCUCUUUCCGAUCCUCUGACAAGCCCAUCCGGACCCCCAUCAGGAGUAUGCCACCUCUGGACCAACCCAGCUGCAAGGCCCUAUAUGACUUUGAGCCUGAGAACGAUGGGGAACUGGGCUUCCGGGAGGGUGACAUCAUCACACUGACUAACCAGAUUGAUGAAAACUGGUAUGAAGGCAUGAUCAACGGCCAGUCGGGCUUCUUCCCCCUCAACUACGUGGAGGUGCUGGUCCCACUACCUCAGUGAAAUGGCUGCUCUCCACACCUCCCUCCCUGCCCUCCCUUCCUCCUCCUCUCUCCUGUUCCUCCCCCUAAUGAGGAAGGCCAGGCCUGAUCUCCUGCAUUCCAUUUUGUUCCUGGUGACACCAGUCUCUCACUGGAAGACAAAUGGGAUAGUAUUAACCCUGCCCAUGCCAGAAG